UUGUUUGCAUAGUUUAUCCCUACACGGACACUAAUGGGUUGAUACAGUAAUAUUGUUGUUCUUAUCUGAUUAUGGAUUACUGGAAUAAGCUAUUACGUUUCUCGUUUCAGAAUAUUUGGUGGUCAGUGACGUCUGUGCAUUUGUAUAAUCGUGACAUUAAUUUUUUUUUUUUACUUUUCUUAUUUUAAAUACGAGAUAUCAUUUGAAUGUAGCGAUUACUUAAUUUAUGGCUAUUUGUGACAAACGUUUUUAAUUAUAUUUUGUUUAAUUAAAAUAAAAUGUUUUACACAUAAAUAGCACAAAAGUUUUUUAAAUUCGUAAUUAAUGUAAAAUUUAAAUAAGUUUUAGCAUGCAGUUAGUUCAGUCGCGUUUAGCUAAUAAGCCUUCGGUAAAACUAACAGCGGCUGUCAGGAAUGCAUCUUGUAGCCGUGGAUGGUUAAAAUUCGUGAUUCAAUGCACUUUUGGUGCUAUCACUGUAGCCAGCUUCAUUCUGAUACUUAUUAUGGCGAUGCAAAAUCAUAAAAAUAAUCAUAAUUCUAUUGAUAAUACACGCUGUUCUGCAAUCAAGUGCAGAAUAGAAUGCCAUGACGCCCCGUAUUCUGUUGAUUAUGAAGAUGACAUAAUUUUCGUAUCAUCGUUAUCCGAAUUCGACUGUCAAGGACAUUCAUUAGUACUCAACCAACCAAUGUUUAUAAACGAAACUAUGCCUUCGAAUUGGAUGUCUAGAGUACGAGUUGACAUUUAUAACUUAGUUGUUAAUGGAGGAAAUCUUAGACAUAUCAGGUCAGAUGCAUUUAUGAGUCAAUUUGGAGCAACCAUAGUUACUAUACUAUUUGAUGGAGUAACAAUAACAACGUUUACCGCAGAUGCUCUAGUGGGACUUUCAAGUUUGAGAGAGUUAUAUGUCAAGAACUCUAACUUAUUGCACUUGCAUCAGAAUGCUUUACGUGCUGUUGACGAUACUUUAUGUACUCUUACUAUAACUGAAAGUGGUUAUUGGAAUCCUUACAAUGUAACAGGAUCAGGAACGUCUGUAUUAUCGAAAUUGGAAUUAGUAGACUUUUCCAACAACAUAUUUGACAAUAUUUUAAACAAAGAAAGUUUUACUGCUUUAGUAAAUUGUAAAAUUUUAUACCUUAAUUCGUGCAAAAUAACAGCAAUAGGUGAGGGUACUUUUGAUUACUUGACAAAUAUACAUAUUAUUUAUUUAAAUAACAAUUACCUUAUAACAAUACCGCCAGGACUGUUUGACAGAAUUAUAGAAAUGGUACGCCCGUACCCCCGAAUUUAUUUACAAGAUAAUUUAUGGUAUUGCGAUUGUACGAUGAAGCAUUUAAGAAUACUGAACAACAGAGAUAUACUUCCUGUUAAUCCGGUCUGUCACAGUCCCAAAGAGAUGCAUGGACAACAAUUUUCUGCGCUCGAGAACUUUUGCAAUAACGAAACUCAAGGUGUCGUUGUUGUUGAAGUAUAUGAAUCGGAGAAGUCCACUUUAAUCCCUCAAAAUGAUAUUAUUGGUACGCCAUUUCGAGAUAAUAAUUAUACUAGAGAAGUCAAUCGUAAUGAUGAUUUACUUUAUUACAAUUAUUCAUGGAGAUUAGUGUCACCUAUACGACAGUUUAGUUGUAAAUAUGAAACUUGCACAAUAGAUAUGUUUUUAAGGUCCAAGAGCCGGAAUAAAGAAUAUACAUCUAUUAAUCUUAGUGAUUGGAUAAGACCGAUGCUUUUAUUAAAUAGUACAAAAUUUUCAAUGAUGCAAGUGAAGUUGGUAGAAUCUGAUCGAUAUGGACUGUUGUGGUAUCAGUCUGAUUUGCCAAAUGAGGUAUACUGUGUAAAUACAAUGCCCAAAUUGAUUCGAAUAUAUGAUAUAAAUAUUACGAAUCGCUACACAUUUUGUCCUAUAAAUUUAGAUUCAAAGGAAGUUGAAUCUACAAAAUGCGUUGAUUAUCCAUUAUCUGAUUAUUUAAAUAAUGAUUCUUUAAAAGGAAUUAGUUCAGUAACAUUUUAUAUUUUUACGGUAUUGAUAUGUCUGGCUUUCGGAGCUAUAUUUGUCUAUGGUUUAGUACGGAUAAAACCCACUCUACUAAAAGGCAGUAAAAGGUUACUUUUUGUAAAACACAAAAAUGUUGAGGCAUUGGUCUUACCUCCAAAGGUUUCUCUGCGAGAUAGCGUAGUGCAUAAAGAAUUUUCCCCUGUACAUUCGGAGAGUAUAUUUUUUGUGUCGUCUAAUCAAAGCAUCAAAAAUUUUGUCAGAAUGAAAUCUACUAGAAGUAAUGACAGUAAUGCUCCUAGCUAUAUAUCAGCUUUGCAACCCACUGAUGAUCAACUUGCAGAGUGGCGCAUUCGGCAUCAUUUUGAUACCAGUUUUCAGACAAUGACUUCUAUAAGCUCUGAAUUCUCUAGAUUUUCCUCUUUGUCUGAUGAUAAAUUUGAUAAUAAGUCUACUGAAUUUUUCAGUGAUGUAGUGUAUGAUAAUUUGAAAUGAAUAAAAAAGUUUAAAAGUCGUACUUUUUCUGAAAAUUUAAUGUUAGGUGAUCAAGUAAAAGAUGACGAUGGAAAGAGCUAUAAAUUGAAAUAUACGACAACUAUAUAUCAAAGUACUACUAUUUAGUCCCAUUAGUUCUACACUAUGAAAUGAACAAUUUUUUUUAAUUAUCUCGAUCGCAAUGUCUCACUAUAAUUAUCUUAGAAGAUUACCACUUUUAAGAAACAGCAUUUAAUAUAAAUAAUUAGAUUUUUACAUAGAUAAAAUUAGAUUAAUCAUUUCAUAAAUAUGUCUUGACCAGUCAGUCACUCACACACGAUUAAGCAUUGAUCUGAUGUGGUGACGGAAUGUGUUUCACUAUUUUUUUCCCAGGAUAUCGUAAGAUGUGGCCAAGAGAACAAAAUAUUAGAGAUCUAUGUCCAACAGUGGGACAUUAAUGAGUAAAUAGGGUAGAAUGGUAUGGCCAUGCAUUGGCUAAAAAUAUCAAUGUACUAAAAAUUAUAUUAAGAUUACUAUUUUAUUAAAUUAAUUGAACCACUCAAUAAAAUGUUUAAGUAGUUUGGAUAAAUUGUCCAUAAAUUUUAUUCUAAAUAAUAAAAUAUAUUUUUUAUUAAACAUAAUAAUCAAGUUGUUUUAUUCGAAUCCUCCUCAAAGAACACAUUUCAUCCCAACGCAAUUCCUAAUCGGUACGUGAACCUAUAAAUAUCAACUCGUCUCACAUCAUCAAUUUUGUAAGUCUACAUAAUAUUUUCUCUCAAAAUUCUCUACUACACGUAACGUUGAACGCAUUCCCACUAAACU